CAGUCCCCGGUGUCGACACACAUUGUUUUCUGGCGCAAAGCUAUGUGCGCUUCACGUCCCCUUCUGCAGAUGUGUGUUUGAUGCCUACUUUUGCUGCUGCGGUCCCAGUUUCCUUCACGAGCGGGCUCGUGCCACAUCGGCUUGUCUGCCGCAAAAUCUAUACUUUUUCUCCGCGGCGCCGCGCUGCUGCAGAACACCGCCCACCCACGAUUCGACUAUCCUCGCGCCUCGCAAUGCCGCCUACUGACGCACGGAAGAACCAAAGCGUGGACAGCGCGGCUGGCACUGGCACUGCUGGCACGGAUGCGAACUACGCGAGCUACACCACCGCCGACCUGGUCGCGCGCAUCACGACCCUCGAACGCCAACUGCGCGAACAGACGGCGCUUCUGGCGUCGUUGACUCAGACGACCAAGCCUCCCCCCUGGUCCAUCACCGCGGAAACCGCAUCCACGACCACCACCACGCAGCAAACGGUCCCAUCUCGCAAUCGAUCCCGAUCCCCGCGCCGCGCCCGCGCGUUCAACCCCGCUCUGUACUCGACCCGGCACAUCGCCUUGAAGUUCGCGUACAUCGGCAGCCGCUACGGCGGGUAUGAGCACGCGAACGGCAACCUGACGCCACAGCCCACCAUCGAAGAGGUGCUGUGGAAGGCGCUGCGGAAGGCGAGGUUGAUCUCGCCCGAGUUGGCCGAGGGGACUGACCAGAGCUACGACGUGGUUUGGGCCGAGGACAAGAGGAGGGAGAGAUAUGUCAAGCGUGCGGGACAGGGCGGGGGCGAGGGCGAGGGCAAGGUCCGGCUGGAUCUCAGCUGGGAGGGGUGCCAGUAUAGCAAAUGCGGGAGGACGGACAGAGGCGUGUCUGCGUUCGGCCAGGUUAUUGGGGUUAGAGUGAGGAGUAAUCGGGCGCUGGGAACCAGUCGAGAGCCUCCGUCGAAGGAAUCUGUUGAGAAAGGGGACGGCCGGCAAGCGGACACAGAGCAACAAAAUGGCCAAGAGGAGGGCGAAGACGAUACUAUGCCGUCCAUAGAUGCCACCGACCUCGUCGCGGACCACCAUGCAAAGCCUUUCGACCCGGUCAAAGACGAACUACCGUACAUCUCCCUCCUCAAUUCAAUCCUUCCACCCGACAUCCGCGUCCUAGCUUGGUGCCCUUCUCCGCCACCGACAUUUGACGCGCGCUUCUCCUGUCGCGAGCGCCGGUAUAAAUACUUCUUCACCAAUCCGGCAUUCUGCCCUACCCCCGGUCCUCUCGGUCUCCAGCGCGCGGAUGGAAAGGGGUCGGCCAGUGUCCGGGAGGGCUGGCUCGAUAUCGAGAAAAUGAGGGAAGCCGCACGGAAACUCGUGGGCGUACACGACUUCAGGAACCUUUGCAAGAUCGACGCUAGCAAGCAGAUGCCCAAUUGUGUGAGGAGAGUGACAUUUGCGGAUGUGGUGGAGUUCCCCGAGACCGGGACAAUGUUUCUGGAACAUCAAGGUCUGAACCAAACGGGGCUGGUUUCCUCUGUCCUCGGAAACGGGGUUUCGCCAGCGUUGGCUGGAGGUCCAAAGGUAUAUACUUUCUGUGUCCACGGCACCGCCUUCCUGUGGCAUCAGGUGAGGUGCAUGGUGGCGAUAUUGUUCCUUGUCGGUCAAGGGCUGGAGGAACCGAGCAUUAUCGAUGAAUUGCUUGAUAUUGAAAAGAAUCCUCGUCGACCCACGUACGAGAUGGCGGAUGACGCGCCAUUGGUGCUGUGGGACUGCAUAUUCCCUGACAAUGAUACCGGAGACGGCGGAAUGCUGGAAGACUCUUUGGGGUGGCUGUAUGCCGGAGAUGCAGCCACCGUGCCUGCGCUCACGACCAACUCGACUAAGAAUGACGGUAAAUUCGGCACUGGCUCCGUGAUAGACGAGCUCUGGACCCAGUGGCGCGAUGCCAAGAUGCAAGAGCUCCUCGCUGGCAGUUUGCUCGAUCUGGCCAUCUCUCAGGGUGAUGGCACGCCUCUCAAGAGAGGAGCGACACGAGACGGGCCCCGAAGGGCCGGUGGACGAAGUCAGAAAGUCUUUGAUGGGAGUAGCAGAGCAAGGAUCAGCGGGCGGUAUGUCCCUGUGAUGAAGAAGCCGCGGAUGGACACCUUGGAAGUUUUGAACGCCAAAUGGGCGAAGAGUCGGGAGGCGAGAGACAAAGCCAAAGAGGAAGAGUUCGAGGAGACGAAUGCGGAAGUAGAGUAGGAUUGAGGUGCUCCAUUUCAGCGGAUGCCGGAAUACAAGCAUUUCCGACCCCCUCGCCAGACUUCCUCGAGGAUUUCCCGACGAGGGAGGAGAGUCUGGAGGUCAAACGAAUGUCAGUGUCCGGAAUUCGCUGGGCAUCAGAACCAGUUCGUCGCCGCCAACGGAAGAAAAUGCUUACCGGGAAGACGACCACCACCUCCGUAGCCCCCUCGACUAUCACCGCCAGGUAAAAUCGAACUUCGAGCCCUUUGAAGGCUUCAUGGAUAACGAUAUCCUGUAUCUGC